AUGGAGAUGCCAACAAAUAAGAGAGACAUUGCAACUAUAGAAUAUGUGGAAUCUAAAACUAAAUCAUUUACAUUCACAUCAACAGUAUUAGGUGUAAAUUUAUAUAACCAUAUAAUCCGUUUUGAUAAUUGUAUUUUUGUUGUAAUUAGUCAAGAUAAUACUUUUUCGUGCCUAUCUGUAGCUAUGACACAGCGAAAUAGCACAAAUACAAUAGCUAGUACUAUAUUCAAUAGAGACCCAGAUAGUAGAUCUGAAUCAAUAGCAAAUAUAUUAAUAAAAAGUUUGAAAAUAUCAGUUCCAAUCUAUGUAAGUUUUAAUGCAAACAUUGAAAAUGCCGGAUUAAAAUGUGUUAUUUCUUGUUUAAUUGCGAAUUUUAAGUCUCAUCCAGAGCUAAUUAAUUACUCUAUUUAA